AUGGAUGCCAUCUCUGCAAAGAAACGGGCCGAGGAUGGUAUAUGCCGCCUUAGCCUCGAUGCACCAAACAGGCUGCAGCAGAGGUCAAUUUCGGCCUCGCGACUGGAGGCCAUGAAGCAGGAGGCAAAGAUGGCUCGAGAGUGGGGCAAGAAGGUAAAGGAAGAUCUCCAUUUUCAACAAGGCAAUGUGAAAGCCUUGGCUAAAGAUACCCAGCAAAGCAAAGUUUGGGGCGGCCCUAACUACAGGCAUGUGACUCCGAACGAAGCGCAAAGCGCGGAAUAUCAGCGAAGCAUGCAAGCCAUGAAGAGCAUUGCCACGGACAUCUCUGCAAAGCAGGAUGCUGUGGACAAAGCGAUGAGGGAAGACUACAGGACCGUACGAAACACCCGGGCUGACAGCAGUGUCACGUCCUUGUCUGCAUGGCUGGAGAAAUAUGGACAGCCUAAUCGCCAAGCAGAGCCACAGGAAAGAUAUCGUACCACACCUCACAAGCAGAGGAGGAUCCCAUUCCUCGGUCCUUCAGAGGCGAAGACGCUUCGACUGGGCGCAGGUAUUUGGCCACAGAGGAGUGAGACGGAUUUGCUGGGAAGCUUCUACUUUCGAUCCGGCCGCUGA